CAUUAUAGCACUCUUGAUCUUGGCAAUACCGCACCUCCCAACACCAUCGCCGUCUUUACCCUCCUCCUCCUCCUCCUUCUCCUCCUUUUCCUCCUUCACAUGAUCAUUUAAAGCAAAGUCAGGGCGAGAGCCACUGAGCGAGUGUUUGAGUGGUGAGUUGUGUUCAGAAUGAGACCACCUCAAAAUGGAAGAGAGAUUUCCGGAUCAACCCCACGGAUGAUUGUGACUGUGAUCCUGCUGGGUGGCGCCCUGCUCCCUUGGGUGGUUGUUGGUUCGGAGAAGAAUAGGGAAGAGAAGCUGUUGAAUAUCUUCACGUUGGUGCGAUUCCAGCAAAACCCGUGUGUGGCCAUGGGCACCAUGAUGGGUACCUGUAUGACCACUCCCGAGUGCUCAGAGGCCCGAGGCACCCCGGGCAACCCUUGUGCUUUGGGUUUUGGUGUGUGCUGUGCCUUUGCCCAAGGCUGUGGAGAAGUGAUCACCAGAAAUUGCUCCUACAUUCAAAGCCAGGACUACCCCAAACCCGUGACAGAGCCGGGGGAAUGCCAGCACAUCAUCCGAAGAUGCGAUUCCAACAUCUGCUUCAUCAGGUUCGAUUUCGACGAGUUCCAAAUCGAUGAUCCAGCCGUUGUGGAUGACGCCACAGAUGACGGAACUUGUGAUAUGGAUACCAUUUCUUUCACAUCCGGCAAUGGAAUCAGUGUCCCCACCAUGUGUGGCACCCUAACGGGUCAACACUUGUAUAUGGACGCAGGGGGACCCGGAUCCACGACAGAAAUGUCCGUCACUCAUGCUUUCAAUGGGGGAGCUUCCCGGAUCUUCAAGUACAAAGUGACCCAAAUCCCGUGUGGAACCACGUGGACCCCGCCUCCCGGGUGCUCCAUGUACCUCACAGGGACCUCCGGCCAGUUCCAGAGCUACAACUACAAUGGAGGGUAUCACCUCAACAACCAGAACCACAAGAUCUGCUUCCGCCAAGAAGAGGGCUACUGUCGGAUCCAAUACACUCAAACAGACGAUCCCUUUAGCUUCAAGUUCACCGGGAGGGCCAACUCCCGCAGAGCCUCUUCCGGUGACCGCUUUUGCCGCGGGGACUACCUAUUCAUUCCCAACGGGCGAAAUUCCGACGUCAUGGGAGCCAAUGCGUGCCGCGGGACUUUAGGCACCAGUCAUAAGGACCGUUUUUGCGGGAGCGUCUUGAAUUGCAUUCAAGGCACCACCAAGAGAAGAACCAUUAUAAGUGAUGUGCCUGGUCCGUUUUAUGUCCAGUAUGUGACCGACGCCAGGGACAAUGAUUUCCCCAAUAAUAACUUCGGGUUCAGUCUGAAAUACAUGCAAAUACCUUGCUGAAAGAAAGAAAAAUGAACAAAAAACGCGGGUUCAGUUCUCAAGAUAUCACAUACGUUCAAGCUACAAAGUAAUUUCUACCUACUUGUCUGACUCGUUUUUGGAAAGCUCUUGACCUUUUCACAUGAUUUUUCAAAUAGUUUUUUAACCCAAAAAUAGGCCAUUUCAAGUUUCAAUUCUCAUAGAAUCAGUAUGGCAAUUGUCCAACUCGUUCCACUUUCCAAAAACUGUGAUCAAAGCAAAGAUGUUUCAGCGAUUCAAAAACAAAUCACGUAAUGGAAAUA